AAUCACAUUGACAGUUACACACUCCUCACCCUCAAACACCAAACAUUCAGAUGUGGCCAACAUGAAGCUUUCUAUCGCUGCACUUGUUGCACUGAGUUGCAUCUAUUGGGAGGUCUCUGGAAAGCUGGUGGAGGUGGUGGUCAGGCUUGGAGAUAAUGCAACCCUACACUGUGACUGCGAGUUUAUCAUGGCACAGGAAAUUCGAUGGGUCAAGAUCUGGUCUCCACAAAUCCAACAACCUCUGAUCAUCUCUGCAUACAGUAGCCUAUUAGAACCCAUUCCUCGAUUCUCUAUGUCCUGGAACAAUACUUCAAAAUCCUAUGACUUAGUGAUCGAGAACAUCACUGAAGCAGACCUUGGUCUCUACUAUUGCUCAAGGGUAGAGAAGACGACGAUGGAAGAGGAGGGAAAAAUCUUAGAGAAAGAUUGGUACCACACUGGGGAUACUGUCAUAAAUCUCACAUACAGAUCACCUGGUAAGCUUGUUUCACACUGCAAACAUUGUUAAAAAAAAAUAAAUAAAUAAAUAAAAAAAUAAAAAGGACCACUGAAUAAUUCUACUAAAGCAAAAAAUUAACAUAGCCUACUGAAAGAAGAAGUUUGGUCCUAAAAAGUGAGAAUUUGAAAUGUUUAAAAUGCUUAAAUAAAUGUGUUUACUUUAUAAUUACUUUUUAGCCAGCAAAGAUGGUAUUAUCAUUUCCAUCUCUUGCACUUCUGAGAUCUGAGAUCAUGCUCUACCUCAAACAGUAGAGCUUGGCGCUAGCAUCACUAAGGUCAUGGGUUCGAUUUCCAGAGAAUGCAUGAAUGGUAAAAUGUGUACCUUAAAUGCAAUGUAAAUCGCUUUGGAUAAAACUGCCUGCCCAACGCAUGAA